UGCUCGAGACUCAUGCUCACAAACAGCUCGAAACUACGUGGGAAGACAAGCGUACCGUCUUUCAUAAAAUAUGCUUAUUUUUAAGUACAAAAAAAUCAUGCGUAGUCGAGUCAACAGAAAUGUGCCCUCGUAAAAAAUAGCUUGGUUAAAAUCUGCGGUUACUCGCGCAAGACACCUGUGGCGCGUCGUGAGUUUCGCUGUAGCUGAAGACAACUGACGGCCUUGCGUGACACAGUCAACGUCAACAUAGCUACUGCGGAUUACAGCCAUCAAUGUCAAAAAACACAUCGUUUGACAUGGACCCGCUCGAGUCUGGGAAAAAGGUGCUGGUUGAUGCCUCAAAUCAAUCAGAGCCGUUUCUUCCAUCUUCUAAUGUAAAUAAUGUAAAUAAGGAGAAAAAGAAGAAAAUAUCAUGCAGGGGAGUGCAUGUGGCCAUUGGUGUACUCCUAGCAAUUGCAAUCAUUGCAUUAGUAACCGGACUGCUGGUGUGGCAUUUCCAUUUCAGACCACGGAGGGUGACUAAGAUGUUUAGUGGCUCUCUGACCAUCUCCAGCCAGACUUUCUCAGAUGCUUAUGAAAACAAUAACAGCACUGAAUAUCAAGAAUUAGCUGCAAAGGUGUCAAAGCAGUUCAAAACUAUAUACAAACAAAAUCGACUACUUUCCAAAUACCAUGUGGGAUCCAGUGUUUCGGGUUUCAGUGAGAGCAACAGUAACGGCAUCAUUGCAUAUUACGUGUCUGAAUUUAAUAUGCCGGAAUACAGAGUGUCUGAAGUGGAAGAGGCUUUGGAUACGUUAAUGUCAGGGGCAGAAAAUGCAAGGCAAAGCCGCAGGGGCAGUAGCUUAACUGGCAGUAUCCUCACUAUAGAUGGAAUGACAUCUGGGGCUGUGGAUGCUCGGCUAACUAGCAGAAACCUUAAAAGUUCCACCAAGAGGUCUCAUCAUGCCCAUUAUAACCACACUGGCAGUAUCUGGUCUCCAGGUUUUCCCGAUUCCUUUUACCCCUCAAAUCUUUUUACGGAGUGGCAGAUUCGGGGCGACCCAGGGCACAGGAUCAGACUGGAGUUUGAUGUCCUAGACAUGGAGAAAGACUGUCAUAAUGACUUCAUUAAAGUGUAUGACUCACUGGCCCUGACAGAGAAGCAGGUCAUAACAGAGAAAUGUGGAUAUCGUUUACCCAACGAGCUAUUACAAUUCUUGUCUUCUGGGAAUGUCAUGCUGGUCACACUGGUUACAAAUGAAGAGAAAAACUACAGAGGUUUCAGAGCAUUUUACUCCCAGGUCCCAGUAAAUGAUCAAGAGUGUGGUGGUUCACUAUCUGGGCUAAGUGGUACAUUCAAAUCACCUGGUUAUCCUUCCCACUACCCACCUCAGAUUGAGUGUGUCUGGAACAUUGAGGUUCCACCAGGAAAGCAUAUCAAGAUAAAGUUCAACAAGUUCUCUAUACAUACCCCUGAAGACAACACCAUCUUCUGCCCCACAGAUUACCUGGAGUUAAACUACAGGUUAUGUGGAGAGAAACCGCCCAAAACUGUGUACUCUUUGAAAUCAAACCGUGCCACGGUCAAAUUUCAUUCGGAUAUGUCUUAUGUGAGCGAGGGCUUUUUUGCAGAAUUUGAGGCUUUUGAACCCACUAAUCCCUGUCCUGGCAAAUACCAGUGUGACAAUGAUCUGUGUGUAUCCAUUCACCUCCAAUGCGAUGGCUAUAAUGACUGUGGAGAUAUGAGCGAUGAGAGGGGCUGCAUAUGUAAUGAGACUCAAAUCAAGUGCAGGAACGGCUUCUGCAAGUCUCGUUUCUGGCAGUGUGAUGGUGUGAACGAUUGUGGAGAUAACACGGAUGAAGAGAACUGCAAGAAGUGCAAAGCUAAAGAGUUUAGCUGUAAAAACGGACGCUGCAUCUCUGCAUCAAAGCAGUGCAAUGGCUACAAUGACUGUGGUGAUGGCUCAGAUGAGUCUCGGUGUGCAAAAUCCAUUGUUGUUCGCUGCUCUGAAGUCUCUUACAAGUGCCAAAACCACCAGUGCAUAAGCAAGCUGAACCCUAUGUGUGAUGGAGAGAUAGACUGUGAAGAUGGUUCAGAUGAGGACGGGUGUAAAUGUGGGACAAAGCCUUAUAAGUCCUCUCGUAUUGUGGGUGGAAAGGACUCGGAUGAAGGGGAGUGGCCCUGGCAGGUCAGCCUGCAUAUGAAGACACAAGGUCAUGUAUGUGGUGCAUCUGUUAUCAGUAACAGCUGGAUUGUUACUGCUGCUCACUGCGUGCAGGACAGUGAAAAAUACAGAUACUCACAGCCUGACCAAUGGGAAGUGUAUCUAGGCCUCCACAGUCAGAGUGAGACCAGUACUGCGACGCUUAAAGGUGUGAAGCGCAUCAUCCCUCACCCACGUUAUGAUCACGUAUCGUAUGAUAAUGACAUUGCUCUAAUGGAGCUGGAUAGCCCUGUCAUUCUGAACCAAAACAUCUGGCCUAUCUGCUUACCUGAACCCACACACGACUUCCCAGUAGGCAAAUCUGUAUGGAUUACUGGUUGGGGCAAACUGAGAGAGGAAAUUGAAUCCGUUGCAGAAGUGUUGCAGAAGGCUGAGGUGCGCAUUAUUAAUGCCACUGUGUGUAAUAGACUGCUGGAUGAUGGGAUAACGCCGCGGAUGAUCUGUGCGGGUGUGCUGACCGGGGGGAUCGAUGCCUGCCAGGGUGAUUCAGGUGGUCCGAUGUCUUCCACUGAAGGCAAUGGCCGAAUGUUUCUCGCUGGAGUGGUGAGUUGGGGAGACGGCUGUGGUCGCAGGAACAGGCCUGGCGUUUACACAAGAGUCACUGAAUAUCGCAGUUGGAUCAGACAGAUGACAGGGGUGUAGAGUCAAAGCGUUGAGAUUAAAAAGACAAUAUAAACAGUGAGUUAAAGCACAUGUAUUGAAAAAAAAGGACAGGGUUUCCCGGACAGGGUUUAGAUUUAUCUAGGACUACCCCUUACAAAAAACAAUACUGGUGUGCAUCUUGAGACAAAACAAUGACAUUGAUAUAUGUUAAAGGUGCAUCGUGUAAUUUUUUGUAGGAUCUCUUGACAUAACUAUUUGUAUUAUAGUGUAUAUACAAGAUAUUAUCUGUGGUGUAUAAAGGCCUUACAAAAUGAACUGUAUUGUUUUUAUUACCUUAGAAUGAGCUGUUUUUAUCUAUAUACACCAUGACCCCCAUACAUGAAAGUCGUCGUCAUGUUUCUACAGUAACCCUAAAUGGACAAACUUUUCUACAGAGCACGAAAUUGAGGGGGGAGCUGUUGGUUGCAAUUCACAAUCUCACCAAUAGACGCCGCUAAAAUUUACACACCAAUUUUAAGAUAAUAUGUCAGUGCAUGAUGUUUUUAAAUUAAGGCAGCUCAAACAUGCAUUUUAGUCCGGGACAAGGAUAAACCCUAUCCGGGAAACUUUCCCAAAGAGUACUGUAGUAGCCAGCCCAGCAUUAGGGAUUUCUAAAAUCAAGCCAAAUAUCUACAUAUCAGUUUUGAAUAACUUUAAUAUUUCAUAAAGAUUGUGAGAAAGAAAAGCUCUCACAGUUGUUUUUUGUUUUGUAUGUGUUAAUGCUCUUGCAAUGUUUUGCAUAUGUGCACUAUGUGGAUUUUGAGCUUAAGCAGUGGUGCGCAUGCUGUGGAAAAAGGGUAUUUUCUGUCAAACGCCACGUUACACUUUUAAAUCAUUAAUACUUGAGUGCAUCUCAGGGAUUUUUGUAGUGCAAUUGUUGGUUACUUUAAUGUUUUAAUAGAUUGUGUAACCAUUUUUCUUUUAGUACAUUGCAGUGGUAUCCUGCAUAUCUUCAACUUUAAAAAGAUUUUAUGUGUAUAAAAUCUACGCACAAGUAUAUUUUAUUGGAAAUAUACUUAUACACUUUACAUAUACUAGGAUAGAAUUAUCAAAUAUUCAUAUACUGUUCAUAGUUAAUACCAUGCUUGUAUGUCAUUUUUCUUAAGACUUAUAUGUCAGAUACAGAAAGUGUAUUAGUGUAUAUUAUACAGAUGUAAAUUUUUGACAAGCAAAUGUUAUUUUUAGUAUUUUGUAAUCGCUUUAUUUUUGCAUUCCUGUUCACAUUUUGAGUUUUUAUGUUACGUGUAUUAAAGUUUUAUUUUUGUUAAUGCCCUAGUUUGAAGAUUGGCAUUCCCAUAAUGUGCCUUGAAUUCUUAACAUUAAAAGAUUUAAAACUUA